AUGCCGUCGCUGCCAGUGUCCAUGGCGCAGGAGUUCUUCACUCUGUUCUACAUCUACCAGAUCAUGUGCUACUACGUCUGGUACUACUUCACGUACUGGAACAUGGGGAUUGUCAUGACGGUCGUGGUGCUGGGUGCCGCCGUGGUUAACAUCUACACGCAGCGUCAGAUCCAGUCGUCGAUUGUCAAGAUGACCCGCUAUCGCACGGAUGUGACGGCGUUCCGUGCCGGUGAGUGGCGAGUGUUGUCCUCUCCCUAUUUGGCCUCUGGUGAUCUGGUGAAGGUGUCGGAGAACUGGGUGGUGCCGUGCGAUAUGGCCAUCGUGAAGGGCACGACGGUGUGUGACGAGUCCAUGUUGACCGGUGAAUCGAUGCCGGUGCAGAAGUUCCCGAUCCCUGAACACAGCUCGGAAGUGUAUGACCCGGAGAAGGGCAGCAAGAAGCACACGCUGUUCGCUGGUACUCGCGUCUUGUCUUCGGGUCGCAAUGAGGAGAUUCUGGCGAUUGUACAGACAACUGGUGCGCAUACGACGAAGGGUCAGUUGAUUCAGUCGAUCCUGUUCCCAAUCCCGAUGCGAUUCAACAACCGGUUCGCAACGUUCUUCACGUGCAUCUUCAUGUUAACUGCCGUCGUUAGCCCAUUACUACCAAUUGUCAUCACCGUCGGCCAGGUGAACGCCUCCCAGCGUCUCGAAAAGCUCGGCGUUUUCUCGCUCAAUGUCCAGCGUAUCACUCUCGCCGGUAAGGUGCGCAUUUUCUGCUUCGACAAGACCGGCACCCUCACCAAGCAGGGACUCGACUUCCUCGGCGUACAACCGGUUAGAGACGGCCUCUUCACCCCCAUUGUCAACGAUGUGAAGGACGCAUCGUCGUUUGAAGAUCUUCUGUACGCACUGACGACGUGCCACUCGGUCGGCUCUCUUGAAGACCGUCUCGUGGGUAACGAAGUGGAGGUGCGCAUGUUCACGGCCACGGGUUGGGAGCUGGUCAAGAAGGAAGGAGAACAGCCGUGUGUGAAGUCGAAGGUGGACCCGGGACUGGAACUGGAGUUCAUCAAGCGCUACGACUUCGACCACCACCGCAUGUCCAUGAGCGUCGUGGUGCGCAACCGCAAGAGUGGCAAGUACUAUGUGUUCUGCAAGGGGUCGUACGAGCGCAUGCAACAGCUGAGCACACCUGGCAGUGUGCCGGCGGACUACAAGAGCGUGGCCGACCGUCUCGCCAAGGACGGAUGCUACGUUUUGGGUCUGUCGUACCGCGAGCUGCCGAGCGACUGGACGCAUGAGCAAGUUGUCGAGUUUGCCAACGACCGCGAGGCUGUGGACGAGAGUCUGUCGCUGCUGGGUCUCAUUCUGUUCCGUAACGAGCUCAAGGACGACACGGCCGACGCCAUCGCCAAGCUCAAGGCCGGCGACAUUCGCACCGUCAUGAUCACGGGUGACAACGCCAUGUGCGGCUGCUACAUUGCUCGCCAGAGCGGCAUGGUGUCGUCGAGCUCUCGUGUGAUUCUGGGUGAGAUGGUGUCAACGACUGAGUUCAAGAAGUUGGUGUGGCGCGACGUGGACUCGGAGGAAGAGUAUGACCUGCCUGCGGUGAAGAGUUUGGUCGAACGGGGCGAGGACGUGGAGCUGGCCGUCACGGGUGUGGCGUUCGACUACCUGGUGUCCAUGGGCGAGAUCAAGAGGUUGUUACUGCACAUCCGCAUCUACAGUCGCAUGACACCCGACGGCAAGGUGGAGUGUGUGAAGCUGCACAUGGAGACAGGAGCAGUGACUGGUAUGUGCGGCGACGGGGGCAACGACUGUGGUGCUCUUCGUUUCGCGCACUGCGGUGUGGCUCUGAGUGACGCUGAAGCUUCAGUUGUGUCGCCGUUCACGAGCAAGUCGAAGACGAUCCAGUCGGUGGUUGAUCUGUGCCUUUCUGAUUGUAUACGGCCUAAUUGGCUCGGUGAUGUGGGGCUUCCAGUCGUAUCACACCGUGAUGGUGUCGCACCACUGAAGGAACUAAAGCCUGUGCGCCCGACGUCCAGCCUCAUUGGACCCACCACACUCGUGUCACUGUUCGGCCAGCAGCUUGUCAACGUCAUUUUCCUAUGCUGCAGCGUCCAUCUAUUAACCAGCGAAAUCUGGUACUGCCCAUUUUCACCCGAGAACAUCGAUGCGGCCAAGUGGUGGCUCAUGGCGGAUAACCACUUGUCAACAUUGUUCUUCUUCACGAUCAUCUUCCAGCAACACACGGCUGCUUGGGUCUUCAGCUUCGGCUCGCACUACCGCCAGCCAAUCUUGAAAAACAAUGUGCUCAUGGGAUUCGUUGCGGUAUUAGUGACUAUCGAUCUGUAUUUGCUUCUGGGCGAACCUACCGGUAGCGCCUUCACCGACCAGUUCCGUAUCUCCAGCAGCACGAACGUCAUUGGAUUGCCGGAUAUUCCCAUGCCUUUCAGCUUCCGUCUCAAGUAUUUCGGUCUCGUUUCAGGCAGCUUUAUUACUAGUGUCUCCUUCCAGUAUUUUGUAGUUCUCGGUCCCGUACGCUCCCAUUUCCGGGAGAAAUAUCACUCAGACGCGAUCCCCAUGAGGAAAUAG